AAAGCGUCCCUCUCUCUUCCUGCCGGCGGGUCCUUUUCUGCCGUGUAAGCAGCAUCCUCUCCCCGUGUCGCCGAAAUGACAAGCGCGAAGAUUAUCGCCAACAAUGAUAUCGCACGGUUAUUGGACACGCAUCUCCGCUGUUUGGCCAUUUGUACGAACGCUGAUGAACAUUAACGCAUUUUGUCUUUGAAACGACACGCUACAUCACGAGUACGUAGGAGUAUACAUGGGAUGAGGCGGCAGACGUACAUCGUCCCAAGCAUGAUUGGCUACCUGUCUGCAGGGGCGGUCGAUUCCUCUCGAGAUGUAAUUCUCGAGAUGAGCACCGAAAGGACGAAGCUUGUGAACAAGCAGUUCAAUUCUCCCAUCAAUUUGUACUCGCCGCAAGCGAUACAGGAGACCCUGGACAGGCAGACUCAGGUUUUGGCGAACGGUGCAGUCGGAAUCGACUUCAACCAGUUAGCCAAGCCAGCGAAUCUACAGAACAGCGCGGUCCUACGCAUGCUCGAGGAGGAAGAAGCGAGGCAGCGCGGUGGUCAACCCGAUCUCAAGCGAAGAGUAGCUUGGCCACCGCCUCCAGAGGAUCAAGACUUCGAUUUCGUGGAGCAAGGUCCCGUCCAAGCGAAGACCCGUGGAAUCGGCUCGUACCAGAGCAGUCCCUCGUCAGGUCCGUCACCCCAACCACCCUCGACGGUCGCACGGUCGUCGACUCAGAGCGCCGUCCCGUCGUCCCCGUCGCCGAUCAGUCCUGGCACCCUGCGGCAGCCCUCGUAUUUCCAACAGCAAACGGUCGCUAACAAGAGUUGGGCGCCGGUGACCUCGCCGCAGCAACAUCCGCCGAGCCAGCAGCAGCAGCAACAGGAUCCCUACGACCGAGCGCCGCAACCCGCCUAUCAUUCGUCAACUCUCGCGGCGUUCGAGGCACCACCAUCCACUAUCGUCCUCCGUCCUGAGCCGCCCAUCUCGCAGAUACCGGCGCCGGUGUACCAGGCUCAACCUGCAGCGACCAAGGCCCCGGUGAGCGGCAACAUGCGAGGAGACCUCAAAUGGCCGCCAGCGUCCGUGAAGGCCCAAGUGGAAGCGGAGAACCAGGCCAGGAUGGAGCUCGCCAGGGGUCCCGCUGUCAGGCCCCGUCGAGUGCACAAGGACUAUACCGGCUUCUUCGCGCAGCACGCCCUGACCAACACGUAUCCGGGCUACCGGGCUCCGCCGGGCACUCAGUACUUCACUCCGGCUUACCAACACUAGCGAAUACACGUGCGCCCUGAGCCUCAAAUCGAUCGUCCGCGGGAAUCCGCUCAGGACGCUGUAUUCGUGGAUCUUCCGAGAUUCGCGAAGAACCCGAGAAGCGUAUGGAAAGCCGAUUUUCUUCCUUCUGUUGUGCAUCGCGGGAUUCCGCAAUAUCUCCCUUUUCAUGCGCUUCUCCGCUCUUCAAACAGACUUACGAUCCGGAAUCUCGAGGGUCUAAUAAACCUGUCUAUGUAACGGAGACUGAACGGUUGCCUCUCAUUUUUGCUCGUCAAUUCAUCAUUUCCGAUUGCUACGGAAAUUUCCUUUUCUGGCAUUCGUCUUGUCGUCCGUUUCAUUCGAACCGCGGUAAAUUCGAUGUUAUCCAAUUAACCUUGCGAACGAUACAGGUUUACAAAACUAACGCUUUGCCAUACAAGAGUGGCGGAUCAUAAGCAACUGCUUGAGAGAUUUCGAGUGAUAGUGGCAGAUUAUUGUAACAUUGUGAAAACAAUGACGACACUGUGAGCGUAUAUAA